ACACACACACACACACACACACACACACACGGGAGGCUGAACAAUAGUUGAGCAGCAGGAGACGUUCAGGUCGGGAUAUAUACAGCUAUGCUUCUACUGGUGCUUUUCCUCUGAGAUAUUUCUCCUCAGUAUUGUCUCUGCACAGGACUAUCACUCUAUCACUGCCUCUAAGGGUCAAGAAAGCGACUGACCAACCAUCACACUUUAUCCUCUCCAUUCUUACUUCCAAAAUGUUGAGAGCUCCACUCAUCAGCAUCUGUGUUGGGCUCCUCCUUAUUAUCAGCAGCAAGGCAAAGCCAAAUGGAAAAGACAAGAAAACCAAACAAGUCGUGCCGGAUAUAGAUUGCGAUAUGCGUGCAGGGAAGAUCAACUUCCCAGAAUUCCUCGUCCGGUGCCCUUCCAAUUGCCGUGAGACCAAGGAAAAGGUUUAUGGGACGGGAGUCUUUGCCUCCAUAUCCAGCAUCUGCAAUGCUGCUAUUCACAAUGGGGUCAUUACAAAUUCUGGAGGAAAGGUGAUUGUAAAGAAGAUGGCAGGACAAGCUCAGUAUAAAGGCAGUUUUGCAAAUGGCAUCCGCUCGCUGUCUCUCCCCAACUGGAGAGAAUCUUUCACUGUCUCAGUGGGCAAACCAAAGAAAGGUGUGAUCUACCCUGCUACCUUGGAAUUGAUUUCUUCAAAAUCCACAGUGCAAACAAGUCAGAAAGAAGCCAGAGUCUUGGCACUCCCCACCGCAUUGCCCAUGACAGCAGCUCCUGAGCCAAGAACAACCACACUCAAGCCAACCACAACCACUACAACCACCACAACCACAAGCCCACCCACAACCACUCGCACCACAACUACGACCACCACUGCGAAGCUACGGGCUGCAGUACAUAAAGUCAGAGAUGCAGGCAGAGGCAUCGGUCACCCGUACCUUGCCUCGGUGGCUGCAGCAGCCAGUGCACGACAGACACAGAAUGGCCAAGCGAAGGGUCUUUCUCAAGCAUUCAGAGGUGGCUCAGGCUUCGCAGGUAGAUACUCCCCUCGUAUCAACCCAGUUGCACGCAGGCCUGAAACAGGUACCAAUAUUAGAAGACAGCCGCCAGCUCCUCCUACUUCAGCUCUUGUUCGGAGAAAAUAUCCACAUCCUGCCAACGCUCAACCCGACUGGUUUUCUGGUCAAAGAAGACCAACAGAUAUUAGUAACUCUGAGCCAGACACAGGCUACACUUGGAGCAAUGUGGAUCCUGUUGAUUCUCCAGCUCCAGACCCAAGACCAGAUAUUUCAGAGUAUGAGCGCUGGUAUUAUAACUUCGGACAACAUUCUUCUCGGACAGCUGAAACAGACAAUGGGCCCAGGCGCCUCCCAGAAACCCUCCACACGAAAGUGGAGUCGGGGGAGGUGUGGAAGCCAGAAGGGAACCCUUCUGAUUCAGACUUUCCAACCUCUCAAGAUUCAAAUUCUCAGGGAGACCCAAACUGUAAAGUUGACAUCGCCUUCCUCAUGGACGGCAGCUGGAGCAUCGGAAAGCGUCGCUUCAAGAUACAGAAAGACUUCCUGGCUGAGGUUUCCCAAGUCCUCAAUGUUGGCAUAAAUGGCCCAAUGAUGGGGAUUGUCCAGUAUGGGGACGAGGCAGCGACAGAGUUCGGUCUGCGCCAGUUCUCCAGCUCCAAAGAACUAAAACCUGCCAUAGACAAGAUUCUCCAGAAAGGCGGGCUCUCCAAUGUGGGGAAUGCCCUGUCCUACAUCAACAAGCACUUCUUCAGUGACGCUAAUGGAAACCGAGGUGGCGCACCCAAUGUUGCUGUGGUGCUGGUGGAUGGCUGGCCUACAGACAAGGUGGACGAGGCUUCAAGAUUGGCACGGGAAUCAGGCAUCAACAUCUUUUUUGUUACCAUUGAAGGCCCAGAUGAGAGCGAGAAGCACAAUGUAGUUGAGUCCAAUUUUGUGGACAAGGCUGUGUGCAGGACCAAUGGCUACUACUCCCUGCCAGUGAACAGCUGGUUUGCACUGCGUAAGGCUGCGCAGCCUCUGGUAAAGCGCAUGUGUGACACAGACCGACUCAUGUGCAGCAAGACAUGCUUGAACGCCAACGACAUCGCCUUCGUAAUCGACGGCUCGAGCAGUGUAGGUACCAGCAACUUCCGCACUGUGCUGCAGUUCGUGGCCAACGUGACUCGUGAGUUCGAGAUCUCCGACACGGAUACGCGCAUCGGUGCAGUGCAGUACACGUAUGAGCAACGACUCGAGUUUGCGUUUGGUCAGCAUAACACCAAGGCUGAGGUCCUGAAUGCCAUUCGCCAAAUCAGUUACUGGAGUGGAGGUACUAGUACGGGUGCUGCCAUCACUUUUGCUGCUGACAAGCUCUUCAGCAAGUCCAAGCCGAACAAGCGUAAGAUUAUGAUUGUCAUCACGGAUGGGCGUUCCUAUGAUGAUGUGCGAGCACCCGCUCUGGCAGUGCAACGCUCAGGUGUGAUUGCCUACUCGAUCGGCAUUGCCUGGGCUGCACAGGAUGAGCUGGAGUACAUCGCCACGGAUCCAGACAAAGAUCACUCUUUCUUUGUGGAUGAGUUCGAUAACCUCUACAAGUAUGUGCCAAAGAUCAUACACAACAUAUGCAACGAGUUUAACUCUCAACCACGGAACUAAGCCAAGCAUGGACUGAUGGGAUUGGAUCAUCUAGAAGCCAUGAUUCCACCAGAAGUAUUUUAUGAUGUAGCAGUAAUGUUACUGUUUAUAACCCAUAUAGGGCCUUCUUCUAGCAUUUGUGCCAUUAUUGGGAGAAGAUUUGGGCAGGUUCCAGAGUGUGAAAAGUUGAAGCGUUCCCUAUAGAACAGAUAUUUUUUAUGGGGCCUGAAAAGCUAGUUCUGAUGUUAAAGAAGCUAUGCAGCAUGCAUGGCUUCAAACAAGUCGGUUAGCUAUAUGUAAGGGAUGUGAGUACUUGGUUGCUGAAUAGCAUAUUAUAGGUUAUAUAUUUAAAUAGCACAGUGAUAACACCUUAAUGAUAAAUGUAUACAACAAAAGUUUUGCUAGCUUAAUUUACAUAGAAAAAUCAUUGCUCUAUUUUUUUUUUCAACAAUUUACCCAAGUACAAGAUUCUUCUAAUAAAUAUAAUAUCACAAACAAUUUUAUGAUCUAAAAUGUAUGUUUAAAUGUAUGUAUGGGUUUUCAAAAUGUAAUUAUUUUUGUAUUAUUUGUGGCUCUUUCGCAUGCCUAGAAAUGCAUCUGUUUUCUAAUCAUGCAAGUGAUAGAUUCUAAUACUUUAUGCAUGUAGCUGCAGGAUACAUUUUUAAGCCUCAAUAUCAGCCCGGUUUUGACUCAAAUCAAUAAUCGUUUAGUUAAGUAAAACUUCCGAAAAUUUCUCUACCGUAAUUCAAACAUACAAUUGAAUUUUCAUUUAAUUUCAGCUAAAGAUUUUUUGAAUUGUUUGUAAUAUUUUUCUAUUUGUACAUAUGUAUUUUUUUUUAAAGACAACAGCCCCUUGCUUUUUUUACUGUGUAAGUAGCAGA